GCGAAUGGCCCGCGAGGCGCCUCCUUCUGGACCCUUACCCCCGGCCAGGUUCCUGUUCCACCACGCACUAUAGCGAAUUCGCGAUGCUCUCUUCAAGCCUUCCGCGGCAUUGUGCUCGCAUUUCUCGUGCGGUUGUCGGCUCGGAAAGUAUCUUCUGGCUUUGAACUGUCGGUUUGAAUAAAAUUUCGGAUCUAGCAAGAAAAAUUGAAAUUUCGGUCCAAUUUGGCAAGAUGACAAAUUUUCUGUCCCUUCUGGUGAUCGCUUUGGCCUGUAUAAUUGUCCACGCCCAAAAAACGUCUGAUCAAAAACCCGUUUAUGGGCAAACGUUUGACGAAAUUGUCGUUUCGUCGGACCUGAACGUCAGGCGAAAAUCGAAAGAAAGCCGUCAGGGUAAACGAUUGACCAACAUUCCAUCAGCAACCACAGGCCCACCGGAAAAGUCCACCGUAGUCGCGUCCAGGCUCGUUUCAAAUGACGGUAGUCGAAUCACUUCGGAGAAAACGCAAAUAAAACGGGAAAUUUCAGAUUUUCAAAAAAGAUAUUUGGAUAUGGGCGUUACAGGAUACUUGCUGAAAUCUCGGAAACGAUGAAAUUUCUAUUCCGAGGACAACCGCACGAUCCUCACACACCCAUUCCGACCAUACUUUUCGGACCACUUUCGGACCAUGGCUCAUGUAACAAAAAGGAUAAUAAAAAUUUUCUGUGUCACAGCAA